AUGCUCUCCUUCAAGAAAGCCCUCGUUAUUUCACUCGCCUGCCUGACCCUCUUCUUCAUCUUCAAGUCGCAGCACCACGGCAGCACCGUUCCCAACUACCGCAAUGCCAACGACAUGCCCCGCCCCACCGCCUGGGUAAACCCCGCCGACCGCGAAAGAAAUAAGCAAAAAGAGGCAAAGGAAAAGGCUGCAAAGGAAAAGGAGGCGCAAAAGGCAAUGGCUGACAAGGCCACCAAGGCUGACAAGGCUGACAAGUCGUUCGACGUGCCCGAUGCGCCUCCCAAGAAGCCCAAGACGCAGGUCAGCCUCGAUGAGCUGCGCAAGAAGCCUCUCACCGAGCAGCUCGAGUACCAAUUCCCCUACGACGUCGACACAAAGACACCAGCCUACAUCUGGCAGACGUGGAAGUACACCCCGGCCGAUGGCAAGUUUGAAGAGAUCUUCCGCGAGCCAGAGGCAAGCUGGAGUAUCCACCACCCUUCGUUCGUCCACGAGGUCAUUACCGACAAUGUCGCCACCCACCUCAUCAGACACUUGUACGCCUCGAUCCCCGACGUCAUCGAGGCCUACAAUUCCCUGCCCUCGCCUGUUCUCAAGGCCGACCUGUUCCGCUACCUCAUUCUCCUCGCGCGCGGCGGCAUCUACUCGGACAUUGACACCUCUGCAUUGAAGCCAGCCUUUGAGUGGAUUCCCUCUGAUGUCCCCGCAAACUCGUACGGCAUGGUCAUUGGCAUCGAGGCAGAUCCAGACCGCCCAGACUGGGCCGAGUGGUACUCUCGCCGCAUCCAAUUCUGCCAGUGGACGAUUCAGUCAAAGCCCGGCCACCCGGUUCUCGUCGAUAUCGUGGCCAAGAUCACGCAGGAGACUCUACGCCGCAAGCGCGAAGGCAAGCUCACCAAAGACCACAAGGCCGUCAUCGAGUUUACCGGCCCCGCCGUGUGGACCGAUGCCAUCUUUGCCUACUUCAACAACCCCGACUACUUUGACAUGACCACAAGCAAGGGCAACAUCACCUGGGAGAACUUCACUGGCAUGAAGGCCCCCAAGAAGGUGGGCGAUGUCAUUGUUCUUCCCAUUACCAGCUUCAGCCCUGGUAUCAAGACUAUGGGCGCUGGCGAAGAUGACGACCCAAUGGCUUACGUCAAGCACAGUUUUGAAGGCACCUGGAAGCCCGAUAACGAGCGCCACAUUGGUGAAAUUUUCAACUAG